GGGGUUUGAAGUGGGGACGCUGAUGCGCUAAUUUUAGGAGCUCGAUGUUCCAUUGCAAGGAGCACCUGUGAUGUGGCAACUUUUCGCAGCUACACUCUCCCUCGUUUUCCUGUGGAUGAAACAUCUAUUUGCAACAGAUUGCCAAUGGGUAGUUGUAGUCAACAAUUUUGAUGACCUUGGGACCGACCGAAAGAUUUUCUUUCGCCAGCGGGAAAUUAGAAGGGUAACUGAGAUCUUCAAGGAACUCACAGACUCAGCUAUAGACCCUGACGACAAAAAUGCAAAAUACCUGGGAUUUCCAUACUACCUGAAAAUUAAUCUGAGCUGCACACUUCAGAACUCAGAAUGGGCAGUUCGGACAGGUCACUACACUGGACUGAGGCCGACCGUGACUGUCACUUUUUCUGAACCCGUCCACCCUGUGCGUCAGAAACAGGAGCAGCUGCAGAUCGAAAUGAGGGCUGCUCCGUAUAGGGAUAAAGGAAAUUGUGACGCCGAGGAAGUUUGCAAAAUGUACUGGUUCACACCGAUGCCCUUCUUGAAUGGCACUGUUGUGUUGGAUGUGUUGGUGGAAAGCAACGGCAUUGGUCUCCCUGUGAGCAGCAGAAGGUUUGCCGUAAAUAUCAACGGCUAUGUGGGAAUUUCUCAAAAUGAGGUUAAGCUCAGGAUUGGGGACAAGCUAGAGUCUUUGUGGGGCGUCCUGCAUCUGAACGACCCAUCACGUCCCUUGUGGUACACUUACGGACAAGCCCCUGUGCUCAUCCUUGGUGGCAUUCCCCGGAGCAAGAUUGUCUUCAUGUCGGAUUCAAUGUUUUUCGAUUACAUUCCAAUAGAGGUGGGCAUUGACAGCUGCUGGAUUGGCUCCCUCUCAUGCCCACAGGGUACAUUCUCCUCUGCCAUUGUUGAUGCCAUUAGUACAGAGAGCACCCUGUUCAUCCGGCAGAACCAGCUUGUCUAUUACUUUACGGGACAUUACCCAAUCUUGCAUGUGAACACUUCUGGGUCUGAGCUCUGGACACGCAUAUUGAACCAUGUCUGCGUGAGAACCUUGAACCCAGUCUUUUUCCCACUUAAUGGCUCUGAAUAUGUGAUUGCCCUUGGUGGCGGCUGGCAGGAAGGAGAAUUCUUUCUUAUCACGAUUAAAGAUGGGAUUGUGAAGGCUUCUAGAUCCUUGAGGGAAAGGGACAAGACAGUAUGUGAUUUUGUAACGGCUUCAGCAUGCUCCAUCAAAUGGGCCACUUACUCCUUGACUGAUAACCGGAUAUAUUUGCUGGUGCAUGAGACUGGAACAGACAAACAUAUCAUUGCGGUAUACCUUCUAGACGAAAAGCGUUUUGAAUUCAUUUAUCAUAUCCCUGAAAAAGUUCCCAAGGCCUCUGAUAAAGGGUUUGUGUUGUUGCUAGGACUGGAGCAUUACACAAACACAACCCUUAUACCAAGAGGUUUGGCUUUGAACCCCUUCAGUAAUGUAUUUUACAUCUGGGGGAACGUUAUCUUGCAAAGCAAUGACAAGCAGAGUUAUAUAUAUCUCUCCAGCUUCCCACACGAUUCCCCCAUCAAAUAUUUUGUUCAGUCGUUUACUGGGCAAAUUGCCUUUGUGACAGACCGAGAGGAGAUUUGGGUUUCCAGAGAACUUGGCACAGAAAUUAAAAAAGUAUAUCCAUCAGAAGCCUGGGAUGUGUUCAAUUUUAUGCAGGUGAUGAGAGGCUCACCACUUUAUAGCUUGACCUUGAAACAUUCCAUACUCACCAUUUUCUAUGUCGAUGGAGAGUUGAAAGAGCUGGUUUAUUUGGCGGAUACUCCAAACACUGGAAGAUUAGUCAGAAGGACAUUCCCUCUGAGUCAUGUCCUUACCUAUGACCUGUUGAUAACAACCCCUAACAAAGAGAUGAGACACGACGGAUUGGACUACAUCAGAUUCGCCCACCAUUGCCCGUUUGCUGUUGUGCGCCAUGUGAACCUACCUCAACCACAGGAAUUCACCCGGAUGGAGCAUUAUUUUGCUAUGCCUCCUGAGAUUAUGGAAAAAUCUGGCUUUCAUGAUGAGAAGUCGCUGAUUGUGUACCAGGGACUCGUCUUUCAGCUGCUCCAGUUGCACUCAUCUUACCACAGGGCUUAUGCUGACCCAGUCCAUGACCCCACAUGGAGAUGGUGGAAGAACAAGAAAGAGGAUGCGGAAUACUACACCUAUGUGGCAAGCAACUGGAACACCUCAGCAGGCAUCUAUGUCGACAUGGCCAACUACAUCAAGAUGUACGAUCUGAUGUCUGAUAACAUACUGCCUUCCAAGCUCUACCUGGACAAGAAAACAGAAUACAGCUUCUCUGUGUACCUGAGCAUGAGAACGACGAAACAGAGCAUGGGGGAGUCAGCAGAUGAAAAUUCUCUCCAAAACAUAUGGCUCACUCUCAUCUUAUCCCAUCCCGAAUAUAUUCAUGCAAACCUACAGAGGCAAGAGCUCAUCAGCAGAGGUUCAGUACUGUAUGAGAUAGAACUUCAUGACAAAGGCGUUUACCCAUAUCAGGAGCUGAGUGGGAAGAACCUUCUGAAGAGUUCUCUUGGCUUACAGGUUGCGCACGCUGCAAUGAACUGCUAUGAGUACACAUCCACCGGACCACGGAUAAGGGGCAGUUAUGUGUCAACUGUCUACAUUGGAUGUCCCCCAGGCAAGAGGCUUGCUUUUGACAUUACUUCCACUAGGAAUGAGACUGCCUUCAAGAACAAACGCUACUUCGAUUGUAUCGUAAAAGACCCUGAGAUGCCUUGCUUCUCCUUCAAUGAUGAUAUGGUGACAGGAGACUCAGGACGUUUCAAUGGAAGCUACAUCUUCAGAGUAAUUGGUGGGGGACCAUUUUCGAUAGACCAAAUCAGAUACUUCAGUGAGGAAGAGAUCUUUAACUACAACACAGUGAAUGGCAGUGAAACAUCAAGUCUGAUCUGGCUUAGGGCUGACCUAAAAGAAGUAAAAGUUAAUUCCGAAGGUUUCCAUAUCCUCUCUCAAGCCGAGUCUGGGAUUUUGUGGGUUUGCCAGAAGAAUUCUCCAUGCUAUGAUAUUGUCCCUAACGGUCUGAGUGCUCCUGAUUAUUUCUUUGUGGUGGAAGUAUCAAACAGGGGUGUAGACGAAACCACCUACUGUGAUUAUGCCUUGGAGUUCAUUCUCCAUGUCCAUGGCUUGCGCCUCAGCCCCACCCGGGCCAUCUUUCUCUUGAAGGUUACAGUAGCCAUCAUCUUUGGCUUGCUUCUUCUAUACAUUGUGGUUUACAUCGCGGGCCCCUUGGCCAAGACCUUAUUCAACAAAACAUUCCGGAGAUUGGAGGAAGCUUUUGCUAUGCGAAUGGAAUCCAGCCUCACCUUCUCAUCUUCGUUCACCAGUCAAGGAUCCUUGCAGCACUUGGCCUCUGAACUCAGCCGGAGCAGUACACCACAAUCCAAAGGGCCUCCUCCCCAGUCAAAACCACGCUAAUGUCAGCUACAUCUUCCAGGCCCUUUCUGCCAUUAGCCAUGCACUGUCUGGGUGCACCAUCCCUCUGUGAUUCUCCUUUCUCUGAUUGUCUUGCAAAGGGCUCCUCUUUGCUUGCAGUGUCCUGACACGGAGGAAACAACAGCCACCUUGGACAUAACAACUGAAUGACCUCUGAAUCACAAAGCCUUAAAAAAAAAAACAUACACACACACAAAAUACCACAGCAUGCUGGGGCCAGGCACAUAGCUUGUUUGUAGAUGAUCCCAGGAAGCGAAUAUAAGAGAUAUGGAAGGCCACAAUAUGGUCUGUGAGCAAGUUUUUCAGUUGGCCCAUUUGCAAGAUGCAUGGGAAAGAGCGACUGGAAACCAUUCCAGAAAUCUGUGUCAGUAAAACCACUAAGACCAGUUGGUGGGCGAUAUCCAGAGACUACACAGUUUCAACUAUAUCACCCUAGGCAGCACCUUUUUGCUAUUCCUCAAACCCCUGAUGCCCUGAUGCUUUCUCAGCUGCUGUGUAUCAUCAGCUGAGGCGGCAGGCCAACUUAACAAACAAAAAACAAAAUAAAACCUUAUUGAUCCACCUUACACAUGACAAGUGCCUGAUCCUCUACAUGAAACUCCAGGCUUGUUUUCAGCUUAACAUCUGCCUGUGUAGAGGCAGUUUGUGAAUGAAUGGAAAGCCAUUGCACGUUUUCCCAGUCAUUACUUUAAAAAGGAGGCAGAUAACCCUUUAUACAAAUUUUCUUAUCUGUCCACUUAAUGUUGUUGUUAGUUUUUGAUGUUGUUCCAAGACGUUUCAUAGUUCAUUAAACAUUUGG